CGCCGCGCGGCGGCGCGACGGUGGACUCAGUGGCAGGCAAGAUGGCCGAGCAGUGGUGACGGGUCGUGGUAUGCACCGCUGGUGGAUUCGCGAUCACGGCGCAGCGCGGAUGGCCUAGCGAUGGCCGAGUACAACAUCGACAUCGGCAAGCUCCCGGAGGACGUGCGGGAGAAGCUCGCCGAGUUGGAUCUCGAGCUGUCCGAGGGAGAUAUCACGCAAAAGGGAUAUGAGAAGAAACGGACGCGUCUACUUCAGCAGUACGCCUCGAAGCAGAUAGGGGCUGGAAAUGGUGUUGGUGGUGGUGGAGGAGGUGGUGGCGGCGGCGGCAGCGUCAGCAGCGGCGGCGGCGGAGGAGGAGGAGGAGGAGGAAGCGUCGUUGGUAGAGGGCUGGAGAGAACGGGUUACGGAAGCGGAGGAGGUGGUGGCGGCGGCCGACCGCAGCCACGUGCACGGCGCACGCAACGGCGUGUCACGCACAACGAGAAGCGCUAUCACUCAGAGGUGCGCCAGGAGGCGGUGCAGCAGGCCCUGGCGGCGAUGCAGGGACGGCCGAAGCCCUCCUUGCCGAUGCCGUCGAAGAGAACCUCCGUGAUGGCCAGAAGCCCCGACCGGGAGAGACGUGACAGCGGCGAGUCCAGCAGCGAUGAGGACAGCGUCGUCACUGAGGAGAGUCCUGGCGCGGGUGGACCGACUGGUAGGAUCACUAAUAGUUGUAUGUACGGCACCGGUCUCUCGGACACCAGCAGCACUGGUUCCGCCCGCGACACUCCGCCACCGCCGAGGCCGCCGGCGAGGAGGCCGCCCGGCGCCGACAUCACCGACAUCGCCGAGUACACGCCGCACGCUUACUGCAACAUCCAGCCUCCGGAUGUCACCCACGUGACCAGCAGCACCCCGGUCGGGCAGCAGCAAUCGGCGACGCGACGGCCAGGCGCUGACCGGGUGAACCUUUAUGGACAUAUGGUCGAGGAUCAGAAUAGUACUGGCACCACCGGUCGCUGGAAGGUCUCCGCAAAGAUCCAGCAAUUGUUGAACACGCUGAAGCGGCCAAAACGCCGACCGCUGCCAGAGUUCUAUGAAGAUGAUGACAUCGAGUUGGAAAUUGCGGCGAAUCCGAAGGAUCCUAACGCGCCGAAGCCCGAGGGUGGCUCUAUGACGUCGGCAGUGGGCGAGGCACUGUCGGUGCCGUCCGGUUUGCCGCGGUCUCUCGAAGCUGCUAUUCAGAGGUACGGCUCGGCGACGUACAAGGCACCCGUGGCCACCGUUCUGGAUCCUAAUGGCAAGCUUUGCGUAACACUCACGUAUGGGAAGUUGCUCAGCCGUUCCCACAAGAUCGCCUAUACCCUCCUGAAUAAGGCUCUAAGUCGCGGCGCGGAUUGCUGCCUGAAGCCGGGCGACAGGAUCGCCCUGGUUUACCCGAACAACGAUCCGAUCAGCUUCAUGUGCGCCUUUUACGGCUGCCUGCAGGCCGGCAUCGUACCGGUGCCCAUUGAGGUGCCUCUGACCCGCCGCGACGCGGGCUCCCAGCAGAUUGGUUUUCUUCUGGGAAGCUGUGGAAUCCAGGUGGCGUUGACCAGCGAAGCGUGUCUGAAGGGCUUGCCGAAGACGGCGGCCGGCGAGGUGGUGGCCUUCAAGGGCUGGCCGAAGCUGCACUGGUUCGUCACCGAGCACUUGGGCAAGACGCCCAAGGACUGGCUACCGCCGCCGCGGCUCACCGACGACACGCCAGCGUACAUCGAGUACACCACCGACAAGGACGGCUCCGUUAUGGGUGUGACUAUUACCAGGGCGGCGAUGAUGGCCCACUGCCGCGCACUCACGCAGGCCUGCGGCUACACCGAGGGCGAGAACGCCGUUUGCGUGCUGGACUUUAAGCGGGAAGUCGGCCUUUGGCACAGCACGCUGACCAGUGUGCUGAAUGGCAUGCACGUGAUUUUCAUCCCGUACGCUCUGAUGAAGGUCAAUCCCGCCAGUUGGAUGCAGAUGAUCACGAAGCACCGUGCCAGCGUUGCCGUUGUGAAAUCGCGGGAUCUCCACUGGGGUUUGCUAGCCACUAAGGAUCACAAGGAUAUUUCCUUGGCGUCACUGAGGCUGCUGCUUGUCGCGGAUGGUGCGAAUCCCUGGUCUCUCUCAUCCUGCGAUCAGUUUCUCUCGGUAUUCCAGUCCAAGGGACUCAGGCCGGACGCUGUCUGUCCUUGUGCCUCCUCCAGCGAGGCACUCACGGUCUCUGUGAGAAGGCCAGGACGCGCGGGAGUAAACGCAACUGGCCGCGGAGUCCUGUCGAUGUCCGGAUUGAGCUACGGAGUCGUCAGAGUGGAUCAGGAGAAUUCGCUCACGUCGUUGACAUUACAGGACUGCGGACAAGUCAUGCCUGGAAGCAUAGUGGUCGUUAUUAAGAUGGAAGGGCAACCAUUUAUCUGCAAAACGGAUGAAGUUGGCGAAAUUUGCGUGCACAGCUCUGCGACUGGCAGCCAAUAUUGGGGCUUGCAGGGUCUUACCAACAAUACUUUCAAGGUGUCGCCGUUGCAAGCCGACAGUACCGCUCUGGGUGACGUGGAGUAUACGCGCUCCGGCUUGCUGGGUUUCCUCGGUCCUGGAGGACUCGUAUUCGUCUGCGGAUCGCGCGAUGGUCUCAUGACGGUGACCGGCAGGAAGCACAACGCCGACGACAUUAUCGCCACCGUGUUGGCGGUCGAGCCGAUGAAGUUCAUCUACCGCGGCAGAAUCGCCGUUUUCAGCGUGAGGGUUCUCAGGGACGAGAGGAUAUGCGUCGUUGCCGAACAGCGGCCCGAUUGUAGCGAGGAGGAGAGCUUCCAGUGGAUGUCUCGUGUACUGCAAGCGGUCGAUUCGAUCCACGCAGUAGGGAUAUACUGUCUUGCCUUGGUGCCACCCAACUACUUGCCCAAGACGCCGCUGGGCGGCAUUCAUCUGUCGGAGACGAAGCGUCGAUUCCUCGAGGGCGCCCUACAUCCGGCGAACGUGUUGCUCUGCCCUCACACUUGCGUCACCAACUUGCCGAAACCACGCGAAGUCCACUCAGCGGGGGAUUCUGUUGCAGAUGUCGGUCCGGCCAGCGUCAUGGUGGGCAACAUCGUCCAAGGCAACCGAUUGGCCUCAGCGCAAGGGCGAGACAUGGGUGUUCUAGACGAGGACAGCGACAAUGCCAAAAAGUAUCAAUUUAUCUCCGAGAUUCUACGGUGGCGUGCUGUCAGCACUUCGGACCAUGUGAUAUUUACAUCGUUGAACGCGAAGGGCGCGGUGGCUACCUCGCUGUCCUGCUCGCAGCUGCACAAGAAGGCCGAAAGGAUUGGAAAUCUGCUGUUGGAUCGCGGAAGGGUCAACACCGGGGACCACGUGGCGUUAAUCUUCCCACCCGGUACCGAUCUAAUAUGUGCGUUUUACGGUUGCUUGUACGUCGGUGCUGUGCCGGUCACCAUUAGGCCGCCUCAUCCGCAAAAUCUCCAGACAACCUUGCCGACCGUUCGCAUGAUCGUGGACGUCAGCAAAUCCGUCCUCGUGCUGACCAAUCAGAACCUCUUGAAGUUGCUGAAGACAAAGGAGGCGAAUAACGUGGUCGAUGUGAAAACUUGGCCGAUGAUUCUGGAUAUGGACGACAUGCCAAAGAAGAAAUUGCCGGUGAUGUACCGGGCGCCUACUGCGGAGAUGCUGGCCUACCUGGACUUCAGCGUCUCGACGACGGGCAUGCUCGCCGGCAUCAAGAUGUCCCACGCCGCGGUCACAUCGUUGUGCCGCGCCAUGAAACUAGCGUGCGAGCUCUAUCCCUCUCGGCACAUCGCUCUCUGUUUGGACCCGUACUCGGGGCUCGGCUUUGCACUGUGGUGUCUCAGCAGUAUAUACAGUGGACAUCAUUCUAUACUGAUACCACCGUCGGAGGUGGAAGCCAAUCCCGCGCUUUGGCUGUCGGCGGUCAGCCAGUCCAGAGUGAGAGACACGUUCUGCUCGUACGGCGUCAUGGAGCUGUGCACCAAGGGGCUCGGCUCCUCGGUCCACGCACUCAAAGCGCGAGGCGUCAGUCUGGCGUGCGUGAGGACGUGCGUCGUCGUCGCCGAGGAGAGGCCGCGGAUAGCGCUAACCACGAGUUUUAGCAAACUGUUCUCCGCUCUCGGCUUGAGUCCCCGCGCCGUCUCCACCUCGUUCGGCUGCCGAGUAAAUACUGCCAUUUGCUUACAGGGAGCAUCCAGUCCGGAGCCAUCGACGGUUUACGUAGAUCUUCGCGCGUUACGCAACGAUCGAGUGUCCUUAGUAGAACGAGGCAGUCCGCACUCUCUGUGCUUGAUGGAGUCGGGCAAGCUGCUGCCUGGCGUAAAAGUGAUCAUCGCCAAUCCUGAGACGAAGGGUCAGUGCGGCGACUCGCAUCUGGGAGAGAUUUGGGUACAGUCGUCGCAUAACGCGAGCGGAUACUUCACGAUCUAUGGCGACGAGAGCGAUUACGCGGAUCAUUUUAACGCGCGUUUGGUCACCGGCAACACGAGUGAGGUCUACGCGAGAACCGGAUACCUUGGCUUCCUCAGGAGAACAGAGAGCGUUCAACAAUCGGUAAUCAGCGACGUGCCCGGCGACACCACCAAUCCAGCCGAGGCCGAUCUUGUGCCGAGCGAUCCAGAGCUACACGACGCUGUGUUUGUCGUUGGCGCCCUUGACGAGGCCAUACUGCUACGUGGUAUGCGCUACCAUCCGAUUGACAUCGAGAACAGUGUCAUGCGGUGUCACAAGAAAAUUGCGGAAUGUGCCGUAUUCACAUGGACCAACCUCCUAGUGGUAGUGGUAGAGCUGGACGGCAACGAAAGCGAGGCCCUCGAUCUGGUGGCACUCGUGACGAGCGCCGUGCUCGAGGAGCACCACUUGGUGGUCGGCGUAGUGGUGGUAGUGGACCCUGGCGUGGUGCCCAUCAAUUCGCGCGGCGAGAAGCAACGGAUGCACCUACGCGACGGUUUCCUGGCGGACCAGCUCGACCCGAUCUACGUGGCGUAUAAUAUGUGAACAAGUUACGUGCGACACAGGACUCUCAUCCUUUCCAUUGUUCGCCCUCCUCCCCGUGGACAGUCCUUAUCGGACUUGCUGAGGCUGCAGUGGAACUCCAUUCGCGACAACGACUCGCGCCAAGUAUGACGAUGGGACGAACGAUUUCAAAGAUGAGAAUUCUAUGAGAGCUCGUUCUUUUGUUUUUUGUUUUUUUUAAAUUUGUUAUUCGUUUUACGGGAUCGCGACUCCUUUAUGAAAUUUUUUCCCGGAUCGCGAACUUGAAUGCAGAAUUUGGAGUUACUCUUCAGGUCUGCAAUCCCACGUACUUUUAAUUUUAUGGAAGCUACGAAUUUAUAACUUACUAUACUCGUCACGAAUCUUUAAGACGUGCUGACAGCCUGCCACUUUAGUCAGUCAAUCACGCGCGAUAUCUAUUAUAGUUCAAAGCGAAAAAGUGAAUAACGUAAAUAACGUAAAUAACGUGAACGGAAAUACUUCAAGGAAUGGAGUUCUACUAUAUUAUGUAUCAAGAAAAACGUCACUCUAACGAAGUGAGUGUUACUAGCAAAAGGUACGUACGUGCAUAUUCGAAACAUUUCUAAUGCAGUCCACGCUGCCAUCUCUAGAAACUGAUUAAAUCGCAAGGAAUCAUUAUCGCGUUACACAUACGUAUAUGAUGCACGACAGAGUGAGUGAUGACGAAUUGUAGAGCCGACAAUGAAUACGUAAAAUUGGCAGCUCGUUGUCGCUCUAGCAGCCACCGAUUCGUCACCGAAACGUUCGAUGUCGUAUCCUGCAAGUGUCCGACUUUCCGUGCUCCGUUCCACAACGUCCAGCCGACCCGUACAACAAUCGCAUGCAAUUUCGACGAUGAGACCAAGUAGCACACAUCCACCUAGCCAACCAUCCGAUCCCUUGCGUUCGCUAUAGGAAGCGAAGAACGUGCGACAACUUUGAGCUACGACACGCACAACGUCGCGGUUUUGUACCUUACAAGCCUUUGGCUUUGUACGCCGUACUGUGCAGCGCGCGACAAACGUUCCGACGUCUUUUUACAUUAGCUGUAGUUCCCACUGCGAGGAACGGAGUCCCCUUUCAUUGAUGGGAACAACGAAGAGUCUCGUCGUGGUGGCGAUUCGGCGAUUUACGGCGGAUCGCUCGCUGUUCAAUUUCUACGAUCGUUAGCUCAGCGUGUUUUUAUAAUUCAGUCAGAGGUCGAGUUUUGGAUCACGAUUUGGAAUUUGGAUUUUUGUCGGCUGCUUUCUAUUCCCUGAAACUUUAUUCGCACAAAGAAUUAUUAUUAUUAUUAUUACCAGCUCAAAUCAGCUCAAGCUCGCGUACAAGGAAAUCCAAACGUGUUGCGUAAUAUCGACUUUAGGGCUGCCGAUCUCUAACUUUUUUUUUCCCUGUAAUUAUUUAUACGUACAUCGGAAAAUGUCAACCGAACAACAACAUUAUUGGCCUAUACUUAGACGUAAAAAUAAGAUUAGCGUGAUUUUAACGAAUAUUAAGAUUCAAUCGAAAAUUCAACACGGAGGAAUUUAACUUUUAACAUUCUGUACAAAAUGCAUUCGUGCGAUUUUAUACGUAGACUGACGAAAUACACUCUGGUAUAUAUAUAUAUACACACACACAUAACAUAAGAUUAAUAAUAUACGAAGAGUCGAAUUUUGGAACUUUGUCGAAAAAUGAAAAAUGCCAGGCCCAGAAGUCGAUCGCGAUUGAUUUCUCACCAGAGGACGACUUUCUUUACCCACUUUUUCUACGAAUAUGUACAAUUGUUGAUAGCUCUUUAAUUUUAUAUUCUUAUUUUAGCACACGAGAGACGACAUACGGCGUAUAAUGUGUUGUGAACGGCGUAUUGUUGUAACUGCGAAGGCACAUCGCGAUUAUAAUGAUCACACAUGUGUAUUCGCGCCGUCGAAAGACGUGACAUUAAAUGCAGAGACGCAUUAGCGUACGCUCGACAGAAAUUAAUUCUCAUGUUUGCCGGAAUAUCUCAAUUCUUCAGUGUUUCCUUCUUUACAUAACAAGAUCGUGAAAUGCGCGCUUUUAUUCAAUUGACAGAAAUGCUAUAUGUGAGUAAAGCUCGAUUUCGACUCGAUUCUACCUGAAAUUACAUUUCUGUUGAUUUGUUAAACUUUGUUUUUAUUUCUUUCUUUUUUCCUUUUUUUCUGCAUAGGCGAGAUGCGCGUUCGUGAACGACCGCAACUUAUUAUCGACGGCUUCGGCAGUGCAAUAUACGCAUGGCAUAGUGAUUUAUAAUCGCUCUCGCGCGGAGUAUGAUGAUUAAUCGUACCGGACUCUCGACGGCUGUUCGCAGAGGCAGCUUUUUGUAAAUACGUAACACGAGAAAGAGGCGUUUGUCCUCCCACAUGCUCCACUGUUCUGCCGCGACCCGUUCGUCCACUUUCUCAUCUUCACACUUGUCCCGUUCACCCUUAUCUCACUACCCUCCCGCGUUUUGUUGUUAAGCUAUCGUGCCAUGUCACUAUUGCGUUACUUCCGCACUUUUACGCACGGGAAAAAAGAAACCCACGCCCGUAAAUAGCCGCAUUUGUACAGGCUCGGUUGCACUGAUAGUUCUGGUUAAUUGACUAUCUCGUUAGUAUUAUACUUGUUUGUUUUCCUCAUUAUAAGUCGCAAUUUCUCAUAGUUUUAUUUUAAGUCGUAACUUCUCAUCUCUUCCUGUCUUUCUCACAUUAUCGUAACGUGAUCUCAUCUUGUACCAUGAUGUUUAACACACCCGGUGAAUAGGUUGUCUCUCUCUCUCUCUAUCUCUCUCUCUCGAAUUAAUGAAUCUCCGUUUACAGACUUUUAAACAAUUUUUUCUUUAUCAAACUUUUUUUAAAUAGCAGCUAGCCCUGGUUAAUUGACAAGAUGGCAAGUUAGUGCAGCUGGCGUUUAAUCGACAAUGGAACUUCUUGAACUGAAUCAGAUCUUACGAGAAAAAAAUCAAGUUGCGAGUUUUGCUUCUCAAAGUGUUCUUGAAAUUUCCCUGUUGAUUGCUCCUUGCGAGAUCUGAUUCAGAUUCAACUGCGAAAUCAUAUUUUCGUGUAGACGUAAUGGACGCGUUAUUAUAUAUAUCAAUGUUGCCUCGAAAUUCAGAGACUGAUUCUUAGUUUCUCGUAAGAGGGACCUCCCCGAAGAAGAAGUAUAUUUACAGUAAAAAUGUAAUUGCAAAGUUACUCGUGGAAUAUCAUAGAUCGAAUCGCGAAUGAGCCGGAUUUCUCGCCGAAAAUUCUGGAUUUUGAGGCUCCCCGUGUCUCGAAUUUGAACGCUGACCGAUAUCCUUCUCCGUGCGUGGAAGAGAAUAUACAUGAUACACAGAUGCCUCCCCGGGGAAAGUAGGAAUGUGCAAUGAAUGAUUUUUAUAUCGUAACGACAAGAAGCGGCUGUUAUAAUAAUGCAAUGAUAUCGACUGUAACGGAAGAUCACGUACGGAUCCCACGAAUAUUCAAGAUCCCCCUCACCUCCGACAUCGUAGACUUGCGGUUAUAGAUAAUCCUUAACAUUUAGCCCUCUUUCGCGCGCGCGUAAUGGAUUAUAUAAAUAUAAACGUUUUAUAAGAACUUUGCAGGUAUUGUAUUUUAAAACUAUAAGUCGUAAAAAACAGUCGUAGAAUUAUUACUGAAGAGCGGAAGGAUUACGCGGAGCAUCGAUUUAAAGAGUUGUUGGAUUUGCGGAUCCUUGCAUCCCUGAAGAAGCCUCCUCGAGUUGUUCUCGUUUCUGGGAACGUGCGAUUUUUCUUCUUCUCUUUCGAUUCGAGGCACGCGAAAGUGCCGAUCGACCCGUUAGCGUCCGACCUUUAACGCAGGACCUUCGGUCAAUUUGAUUGAAGGGAUUGCGGGAUUGACGUAUUGCGUUAAGCACUCUCUAUCACGAAAGAGUUGAUCAAUACACCGCGUCGGGCGUUAUCGGGUCGAUGAUUAAUUUUGCGAUUUACGAUUAAGUGAAAUUGUUAUUUCCAUCAAGCUUUCAUUUGGUUCUACGAGAGGAAUGUCCGCUCUUGCACUUGUGCGGAAGACGAAGAGCGAAGUGAAAUGAAAUCUGGCCCAGAAGAUCGUCAAGUAGAUCAUACGACAUAGGCAAGCAUUGCGCCACGACGUUAUAUCAGGAUAAUCGAGCGUAAUUAAUCGCUACGCGAUCACCUCUGCGCGAAUGGGAGAUUUCCUAAUUUAAGAUGUUACGUGCCACACACACACAUACAUUCUCUAUGCAGAUAUACCAAUAACAAUCUUGGUUGAUUUUAUGUGUAAUCUCGCUGUGUUCUUAUCCCUGCUCGGACGAGCACGAUGAUCCCAAAACGAGCUGACCGACCAGGAGCGUCCUUGAUCAGGAGGGUCCUUGGUUGAUCCCACCAACGGGCGUGUGCUCGCGUGCAUCCUAGCGUGCGUGCGUGCGUGUGUGCGUGUACGCGUGCGAGGAAUUCGAUUGUACUGUGUAUAAAUGUCGAUAAUUAAUUAAUAGGUACGUGGCAUGCACGUCAGGAUCAGGACGCCCGCGCCGCGAGGCGACGAGAGGAUCCGCGGAGUUAUGUAGGACAGGAUCCACCAAUCCACCCAGAUCCCAAUUCUAGAGAUCGGAUCUAGAGCCGAUCGAUGACGAUCGGCAUGACCUAGGCCAGCGCAUGGUCUAAGGCUGUGUACAUAGACGCCCCCUCCUCCUCCUCCAUCCCCUGCGUUAGAGUUUAUUAAGGUAUAUAGUUUGUACGUUGAACUAUAUAUAUAUUAUAUACAUAUUAUAUAUUAUUAUUAUUAUUAUUAUUAUUAUCACGAAUAAUAUAACGGUCACUGUCUCUACCAAGCCGAUACUAUCAUCAUGCCUCAUGUAUCACAUUAAACGGACAUAUUA